AAGCCUUGUGAUUCAAGAGCGUCACUUUAUACUGGUGCUUUACGACUUUCCCGUACAAAUAAUAUGAAAAAGGAACCUCGAAAAUCUUUAAUUGCCAGUAAGGUAUCAUCAUCUGCUCGGGUGUUAUCAACUAUUCGAGAAUCAAGAAUUCCACCGAAACUAGAGCUACAAGUGAACAAACCCAAUAUUAGGCAAUCAUUUGCGCCCCAGAAUUCGACAAUGUGUGAAGCGUCGAAAGAUUUAUAUUUGAACAAGCAUAAUGUUAGGCAGUCAUUUGCAACUUCUGCAACUCCUGCUCCUUUACUGAUGACACCUGCUCGAAGAUACCCACCAUCGAUCGCCAGGCGUAUCACUACAUCUACAUUUUACAUGAGCAAAGGAAUAAAUGUAUUAGGCUCAAUUAAAGCGAAUCGCCUGACAAUGUUAUCAAAUUUGUCAACAUCGAAUCAUCGUCAGUCAACUAUACAGCAGAAAAAUUCUGAAAUAACAUCCGAUUCUUUGUUGGAACCAAUGAGAAAUUUAAAGCCUUUGAUAAAUAACGUAACUACAUCACAACCGCUUGGUCUCUUUAACAAUAAUACAUCACCACAGAAUAUAAUUAAACCUGUAAAGAAAGAAACCACACCACCAAAUGUUAAUAAGUGUGAUUCUCGAUUGGACGUGAUGAUCCCAAUUCAAAAAAAUCAAGAGGAAUGCAUAAUCAACGUUGAUAACAAAUCUUCAUCUAGUUUUGAUAACAACUGCGAUGAUUUUUUUGGUAUUAAAGAUGCAGGAACGAGUAAUAUCGCCACAUCUUCAAAAAUGGAUGAAGUCCUUGAAUUAGCUGCAUCGAUUCCUUUACCGCCAAGUCCAGUUUCGAAUAAUGAAGCAUUGAAUGUAGACAAGCAACAAAAGCGUGAGGAUGAUAAAGAAUUUCCGAACGACAAUCAUCUCCCAACAGUUGAAGAAUUUCGUUUAUUUGAAGAAUUAGAAAAACUUGAAAAGCGACUAGAACAAGAAAUCUCUGAA